CGGCAGUCAGGCUGGUCGGGCGGCAGUGUCGGGCAGACCUGGUGGUGAGAGCAUCCACCUCGCCGCUCCUGCAGCACGCCAGCACCGCCCCUCCUUGUCCUUCUGCUGGUCCCCUCCACCCACGCCGCCCGGAGCUCCCUGUGCCCAGGGCGAGGGGGCCAAGCCAGGGGCAGGGCCACCACGACCCACGGGGGCCACAGGUGCCCACUGCUGGCCGCUGCCACGCAGGAGCGACGGACAACCACAGUGCUGGUGACGGAACGCCGCGCCCCGGACUCGAGAGCUGAUUGGCUGAGGAUUGGGGGCAGCGAGUCGAGGAUUGGUUAGCGUCGAGCGCCCGGCCAACCUCGAGCCCCGGCAGGGGAAGACAAGGCAAGGCAGGAUGAGAUGUGCCAGUGUGCUGUGAGCCUUCGGGGUGACGGGAGGGUGCAUCCGCUGCGUGGGCCAAGAGAGAGAGAGAGAACACCAAGUUACGCUCGACUAUCUUCAAGUGACGUGGGAGGAGGAGGCGCUCUGUAACACCCUGCUUCAUCCUGCUACACUGCUACACCUCGCCCAUCGCCUGCUAGAGAAAGGGUGCGAGAGGUAAAGGAGCGGCGCGUGCAGAAAGGUGAAGCGCGGAGCCACCCAACCCAACCAGAUAGAGAGGAAACAUGAGAUUGCCUGACGCUACCCUGAACGCUGGCCUUGAAAAGUGUGAAGUGGCGGUGAGGAGAGUGUGAAGUGUGCGGCGAGGAGUGUGUGGUGUGUGGCGAGGCUGGUGGUCGUCCGCCGAGUGCGUGUCUGGGCUCUGUGGUGCUAGUGCAGGUGGUCGUGGUAGUAGUGGUGACAGUGAAGUGGGGACGUGUUGGGCGGUGAAAAAGUGGCCACAAACACACACACACACACACACACACACACACACACACACACACACACACACACACACGGGAGUUGGUGCGUGGGCGGGCAGGCGAGGAGUGGUGUCCGCGCGUCCCGGGAGAGGAGAGAGAAGAGAGAAGGGAGAAGGAGGCAGUGGUGGUGGUGGUGGUGCCAUGAGUGGGAGCUUGACGCAUGCCUAGGUGCUCCUCCCGCCUCUUCCCGCCUCCUCCCGCUGCCGUGCCGCUGAACAGACCUUCCCCAGACCGCUUCAGUCCCCCACGCGACGCACCAGCCCUCGCUCAACACACACCUGCCUUUCGUGCACACCUGUCCACUUAACUAAGCAGCCCAGGUGCAAUCAUCAGUACCCUGAACCCUUAUACUUGGCGGCCCACUGAAGCAUGUGACGUGAAUUGCCACUAAGGGUCAGCUCACGGAAAGGACACAGGGAACUUUGAACUUUGACCUGCGUGGGCGUUGGUGUCACCUGAGGGCCACACCGGCAUCAGAACAGACUCACCAUGGCCCCGCGCACCGCCACCAACACCCCAGCACAGCGGCAGCAGCAGGCGUGGCGGCGGCUAGACUGCGGCGCCCGGUGUGACGCCCUUCGGCAGGCAACAGAAGAGUCUUGUUGCGCCGUACCCGCCGGGGCGAGGCUGCAGAUGAUGGCCCAGAAAGGCAGACACACGGCGGGGCGGCGCGGCCAAGGAGCAGCGUCAUGGUGUCCCAGAAUAGCCUCCGCGGCCCUUUGUGUCGACCCCGAGAGGCCGCUGCCCUGCCCGGCGGCCUCGACCUCAGCUGCGGGCAGGGUGAUGACGGCAAGGGGAGGGGAGGCGCCUGCAGCUGGCGCGACUCACGUGUCACGCAGACCCCUGGACGGCGUGGAGACGGUAGUGCGUCGUGGAGCGCUCCCCGCCCCUCCCUGUGCCCUUGCCCCCUCCCUCCCCGCCCCGCUGAGAUCAAAAUUGGACUCCUCUGAAGUGCUUGCAUCCCGUGACCACCCAGCCCGGCCCCGCCCGGCCUUCCCGCUGACCUCAAGGCCUCGCCACCUCUGCGUGUCGCCCCCAAGGCCGCCGUGCACACCCCGGAGGCUAGACACGCGCUGGGCCCUCAUGGCUGCCGGCCUCGUGCUGCUUCACCUGCUGUCUGGCGUCCCUGCUGCCCGUGCCCAGGUGCAGGGUGAAUCCAUGAGGUGCCACCAGGAGGGCGCCGCCAUUCCUGUGCCGCCUGAGGUUGAGAAGGACAACCCCUGCAUCUCCUGUUCCUGCCAGAACAAGAUCGUGGUGUGCAGGAAACAGCCGUGCCCGAGUCUGGAAGGAUGCUACUGGAAGAUGACACAGGAACCUCGACAGUGUUGCCAGCAAUGUAAAGGCUGCAUCCACGAGGACGUCUGGCACCCACACGGGGCUCGCUGGGCUCAGAACGCCAGCCACUACCACUGUCUUGCCGGCGUGCUCACCAAGACGGAAACCCACUGCCACCUGCCCUGUGACUCCCCUGUGCCUGCGCGCGACGGUGCCUUCUGCCAGAGCUGCCCAGGUUGUUGGCUGGAGGGGCGCCGCGUGCUGGAGGGCGAGACUGUGGCUUCACGUGCCGACCCCUGCGUCUCCUGCACGUGCUCCGGGGACCGCCUCACGUGCCAGAAGAGGGCGUGUCCCGUGCUCUCGUGCCCACCAACCCGCCGCGUCAUGACCCCUGGGAGUUGUUGUAUGACUUGCCAAGGCUCGCGAGGGCUAAUCACACCGCCGGGGGAGCGUUGCUUCCUGUCGGGCUUCCUGUACACCUCGGGCAUGCAGCGCACCCUAGACCACUGCACCACCUGCACCUGCCACAAGAGCUACAUCACUUGCGAACGCACCACCUGCCCCGUGCUGAACUGCCCGCGGGAGGACCAGAUGACUCCCGAGGAUGAGUGCUGCCCCGUGUGCGUGAAGAGACCGUACAGCGGGAAGACUGAGAACUGCACCAUCCACGGCAUGACUCGCAGGAACGGGGAGCAAUGGCAGCUGGACCAGUGCGCUACGUGUACCUGCGACAACGGCAGUGUGGUGUGCGAGUUCAUGAAGUGUCCUUACUCGAACAAGCCGUGCCCGCCUGGCUACAGGCGCGUGGAGUCAGAGGACGAGUGCUGCCCGCGCUGCGAGGAGGCGCCCGGCGUGUGUGUAGUGUUUGGAGACCCGCACUACCGCACCUUUGACGGCAUGCUCUUCAACUUCCAGGGCGCCUGCAAGUACACCCUGGCGGAGACCUGUCGGGGCGUGCCCAGGUCAUCCAGAUUCAGCCUCAAAGUGAACAACGACGCCCGACGCUCCAAUAACUUCUCGUGGACCAAGAGCCUCACACUGCGGCUCCCCAACGCCAAGGUGAAGCUAUGCCAGAAGCUCCGAGUCAAGGUGAACGGCACGGUGGUGAAGCCUCCCUUUGAAGCCCCGGGCGUGAUGAGCCUCAAGAAAGAAGGGCGUGCCGUUACCCUCGCCACUCCUGAAGGUGUGCGAGUGCUGUGGGAUGGCCUGAGCUAUGUGGAGGUGGAGGUGCCUCGUUCCAUGCAGGGUCACACGUGUGGACUCUGCGGGAACUACAACGGGAACGAGACGGACGACAUGGUGACUAAGAGAGGCGUGAGAGCAGACGGGGCCUCGCAGAUGGCGGUGUCGUGGGCGGUGGGGCGGGCCAGAAAGUGUUCCCUCAAGAUGAAUAGACACAACGUUUCCCAGAAUGGCCCAAGGAGGAGGACGCAGAGAUUGACCUGUUCCGAGACUCAUAGGCCGGGGCAGAAUGAGUGUGGCCUCCUCAACAGUACUGUGUUCGAGGCGUGCCAUGCUGUCGUCCCCUUUGAGAAGUUCUACGAGUCGUGCAUGCUGGACAUGUGUGAGUGCAAGCCGCCGCGCCGCUGUGAGUGUGACACCCUGCAAGCGUACGCCCGGCAGUGCCAGCGUGUGGGCAUCGAGGUGCAGGACUGGCGGAAAAUCAGCGGCUGUGGAGGUCUGAAGUGCCCCCACGGCGCCAAGUACAUGGACUGUGCCCCGUCCUGCCGUGCCACCUGCCGGAACCCGACGCCCAACCCUAAGUGUCACAAGAAGCGGUGUCGCCCUGGCUGUUACUGCCCCCCGCCCACUGUGCUGCACCGCGGGUCCUGCAUACAUGCCAACGAGUGUCGGAGGGGCAAGCGGCGAAGAAGGAACCGCCGCAGGAACCGCUGAAGUGACGGGGCUGGUCAGGCGAGCGGGAGUCGGGUGGCGGUGACGCUGGUGAUGGUGACGGUGGUGGUGACGGUGAUGGGAGGACUGUACUAGACGAGGCGCCUCCGUGUGUGUGUGUGUGUGUGUGUGUCUGUGUGUGUGUGUGUGUGUGGAUGUGUAUGGCUGCCCUGGCACCUGUGGCGACGCAGCAUUACCAGAUAAAAAAAGAAAACGGGAAAUUUACUCAAGUACCCCACCAACCCAACUCUCCGCGCAUUGGUUCCUUGCGUCCACCGCGGGGAUGCUCGCCUCGAGCUCGCUUGUCCAGCCAAUCACAGCGUGGCAGGCGGUGGAAGGACGCACCUGAUUGGCCAAUGAUACCAAGCUCUUUCUGAAUGCCAGGCGGCCCCGCGAAGAGUGACUGAGGGAGACCUGUUCUGAUCUCAAGUGUGUGUGUGUGUGUGUGUGUGUAAUAUGCAUUCACAUUUGUGCUUACAUGUACACUUUUCUAUCCUCUAUGUACGUAACUUCCCAUACAUAUAACGGUGUAGUUGGUCUGAUAUGUGCGUGUGUGUUUUAUGUAUGUAAGUGUGUGUGUGUCCUAUAAUAAUAUCCGUUCGCUGUUGUUUGACGUUACUAUAGUAUAUACACAUAUACAGUCCAUAAAAGAGCAAAAAUAAUUCAUUGUUUGUGCUUUGAUAAAAACUUUACUUGCUGCCAGUGUCCUUUCAAAAACUACUGUGUUGAGGGAAAGCACGGGAGAAGGAGGAGGAGGAGGGUGAUGCACGCGCCCUGCCACAUUCUGUCAGCCGCGUUAUCAUAUCACGUGAUGUGCCAGCAAGGAGGAGUGCAAUCAGGACACGAGGAUGAGUGUGGUUUGUGUCGUGAAAGGAGGAGGAGGAAUUCAAGAAAAAAAAUGGGAAGAAAAUGUUGAAGAAGAAAAGGAGGAAGAGAGGGAGAAAAGAAAGAAAGAAAUGAAGUUGAAGAAGAAAAUAAUUGAAACUAGUAAAUAUCACUGUAAGCACCAGCUUCCACAUGAUUAUACUGUGUGUGUGUGUGUGUGUGUGUGUGUGUGUGUGUGUGUCUCAAGGGGUCGAGGCAGGAGGAGAGAAGUGGAUGUGACAAAGUUCCUACACUGAUGAUGUGAUGACGUAAAAUAUUUUCCAGCAAAGAUACAAAAAAGAAAGAAAAGAAAAAAAAAAGGUUGGUACUGGUGACUGACCCUUGUUUAUCUGUCUGUCUGUCCGUCUGUCUGUCUGUCUGUCUGUUGGUUGUAACACUGAGAUGACUGUUCACACACGCACCAGAUUAUUAUUUUGGUUUGUAGUAAAAGUGAAACUAUAGUAAGCAAGACUCGCCUCCCGCACGCAGACCAAAGUGUUUCUCGUUCCCCGUUUUGUUGUUGUGUGCUGUUCUGUCGGGAGAAUGUGGUGUGGCGGCGGCGGCGGCGACACAAGUGAUAUGAUAGUGGUAGCUAGUAACUAAACAAAAACCUGGUCUAGAUCCAUACUCUAUGUAUUCUUAAAAUACCGAACGUGAGCUGUGAAAAGACAGAGUGUUUCCGUUUCACUGCCUGAGAGGUUUUACACUGUGGAGAUGCACCAAAGACUAAAUAAUGUAAUGCUGCGAGGAUUUGGCUUGGAUAGCGGCCAGCUACGCACGGACAUACGAAGAGCUGAAUUGAGUUCGAGAGCCUUAAGAGGAACCAAGGUUACUGAGAACACCAAGGAAGAAGCUUACCUGUAUCUCUUCCUUGAGUGAAGAGAAAGAUGAGGGAGGAAGGCUUGCCAUGUCAAAUCAGCCUUCCCACUUUAAGACUUUCAAUGGCACGCUAGUGAAGGACUAAGUGAGUCUGGGAGGACAGAGGACAGCAAUGGAAGAUUAAGGGCUCGAUUCUACAAGACGGCGCCAUAUGACAGUUUUGUGGCGCUUCAAUUAACCAAGAAGCUAUGGGUUUGAAGACUAUUGGAUAUGUUAUUAAAGAUAGGACCAAGUGAGUAGAGGAGAGCAGUGAUGGACGUAUUGCUACCUAACAAGUGACAGGCGCGGCUGUGUGGGACGCGGCGAUGCAGGACAGUCGGUGGCGGGAGAGAAGUCGCGGCGACACCCAACCAGGCAGUGAAACGCGAGGUAAUGUUGCCAACUGGGGCCAGAUACUCGUAAUGCAAAAUGUUUUACUAGAUAAGAUAUAAGCCUUAAGUGCAGCAGGAAAGAGAACAAUGCCCGGUGAGGGAAAGACUAAAGACAAAACCUGCCAGAUAAUCAAUUACGGAACCAAGCAGUAGAAUCGUGUGAGAUUCAAGGUUCGACUCUGCGCUCGAACUACGGAAUUGUAGCACGGUUACUCAUCUACCAACCGAGCAAACAUACCCAUGACGCUUGGACUCAGACCUACACUUCUGGAAGCUAUGAUAGUGCAAGCAUCGUGUUCUUAAGCGUUAUUGAGUGACUGUGAGGCGCUCCCGAACCCGUGAAACAACCAGCGAUAUGUGAAACAAUUGUUCGAACCAUGUUUUCUAGUCUCGAGGAAAGAAGUGGAAGGGAGACUGUAGUGUGUUAGUUAUGCCUGGCUGGCGAAGUGUAUGGAGGUGGAGAGCAGGACGUGUGGCUUACGGCUGCAAAUUAUGUGAGUAAUUUUAUAAUUGAGUUAAGAUAUACUGGUAAAUUUUCAGUUGCAGACAAUUCUAUCAUUUGACUUUACCGUUGUUAUUCUUAAUACUCGACGCUGUGUUAUAAUUCUGAAUACUUAAUAUGGCGAGAUCUGACACCAGAGUACUGCCAUAACUACGUGUACUGUGGGAAAUUCAAUAAAACCGCCCAAAAGUCAAUAAGGAAAUGGCAUAAUUCACCCGUGUUAGCAAUAUAGAGCUGAAAAAUUAAGAACAGUGCUGUUUUAUAUGAAAGGCACGUCAGAAACAGAAAUACCAUUAAACUGACAGCUAGUAACAUUCAAAGGCAAAAGAAAACAAGACAGCGUUAUAAUUCACCUGUAUUAGCAAAAUAGAACUGAAAAUUUUCGAAUGAGUAUUAUAAGAGAGUUAUCUUACACAGACACAUGGGAAGCAGAAAUACUACUGAAUUGCACGAUUGACUGCUAUUAAUACAAAAGGCAAAAGAAAAUUAGACGGCCUGUCCUAGUGAGUGUCCCGCACAGCCCCAAUGGUCACGCCUCCGCCAGGGACAUGAAUGUGGUGUCGCCUGGGGGAGGGAGGGACGUGUGGGUGUGGUAGUGUUAUGGUGGUGUGGUGUUAUCGAGGGAAAGGCUUGUGAUGAUCGCCUCGAGUACUGCGUUGAUAUUGUUAACUAUUAAUCAUACUACUACUUCUACUACUACUACUACUACUACUACUACUACUACUACUACUACUACUACUACUACUACCUGCUCCAUGUUGUUGUCGUUCGUUCUUCUAGUUUGCUCUAUUAUUAUUAUUAUUAUUAUUAUUAUUAUUAUUAUUAUUAUUAUUAUUAUUAUAUCCAAUACCAAUUUAUAUUGUGCUUAUUUUAGGCUUUUUUUUUUCUUCUCUCUCAUCUUUCCUUUAACUGUUGUUAUUCAGACAUCAAAAGUAUAUUGUAUUUUUGUUACCAUUUUCUUUCUUUUUUUUUUAUGUAUUCUUCUAAUCACCAUUACCAAUCUCCGUUUUCUGUUAUUUUGUAGAUAUUAUGCACCAUAGCUUCCAUUAUUACUGUUAUCAUUCAUGUGUUUUUUAUAUAUAAUUUUAUAUACGUUUAGGCAAAAGUUGAUAUUUAAUUUUCCUUCUCAACUAUGUUACGUCAACACUAUAUUACCAUAGUUUUCUCCACUAUAACUUUACGCUAUUUAAACAAAAAAGAAAAUUAAACGUAGAAUAAAAAUGCAUAAUAGUAAUAGGAGAUAUUACAAGAAAUACUUAAAUGUGUGUGUUCCAUGAUAUAUUCUCAUUUUUUUAUACUUUGAACAAUUUUAAUGAUCUGCUGUAGUUGUGCCUCAAGACGAUGGCUGUACGUGGCGUCCCUGGAUAGAUGUGCUGAUACCCUUCUAGUAAACGUUUAACUGUGAAUACAAA